AUUGAUGUAAUGAUAAGAUAAACAAUAAACUAUAAAAUUGAUAACCCUUGGCGCACCCUGAAGUUAAUUUCCAGUUCCACUUCUCAUAACUGCUAGUUUAUUUCUUUUCCGUUCUACUACUAAUAUUUAUUAAAUAUAUUUAAAAAUAUAUUUUUCAAGUCAUGUAAUUGUUGCCAUGGGCUGUGUUUACAGCAACAGGAAAAAUUUACCACCUUGUGUGUUCAAAGUUACAAAUAUAGAUGAUAGUGGUAAUGAAAAGUAUCAUGGUCAAAUGGAAAUCACUACUUGUAAUUUGGUGUUACACAAAAAUGGAGAACCUCCUAUAGUUUGGCCUUUGAGUACAGUAAGACGUUAUGGAUAUGAAGAUUUCAUGUUUUGUUUUGAAGCGGGUCGCUCAUCUCCAUAUGGUCAAGGAAUAUUUGCAUUUAGAAGUAAAGAUGCUAAAAAUAUUUUUGAUGUAGUCAAAGAAAAAUUACAGAUUGAUAAUGGAACUAAUGUUGCUAAAGAUAUGUCUUCUGAAGUACGUAAUUAUUCUGGUCAAUCAUGUACAAGUACUCAUACAAUUGAAAAAGUUUAUGACGAAGUCAGUUUCAGUGGGCUUAGGUAUAGUAGCGAAUCAAACAAUAACCCUCAACCUCCAGAUCUCAUGCUAGAUCCAGAUACUGUAUUAUUACCACGUACAUCUUAUAUUAAUAUAUUAAAUGACAAUGAAGAAGAUGAUGAUUUAUUCAAUGAUCCUUUUGAAUUACCAAAAGACAUCCCCACGUAUACUGAAGUUGAAAUAGCCAUUUGCACCCCUAAAAGACAAAGUGAAUCAUUACCUACAUCACCUACUGAGAUACCAGGUUAUACAGCCAUUGAUUUCAAUCGUACAAUGCAUUUAAGCCAGAAAAUGCUAAAAGGCAGCGAAGAUACAGGAAUGAGAAAGACUAGACAUGAUUCUACAAUGAGCAAUCCUUAAUAUUUUCAGAAUUUUUAAUAUAAGUUACCAAUUCAAACUAUUAAACAAAAUAUAAUUUGUCUUCACCUGUUAA